AUGUCAUACUCUCCAGAUGAUAAUUAUCCUACAACAUCGAAUAGUACUCAUUCCAGUGACCAUACAAAUUAUCAUCUUGAUGAGGCCACAACAUACAAAAUUGAAGCGCCCAAUACAUCAUCAUCGUCGACUCUUCCGAAACGUCGUAAACAACGAAUAUCCAAUAAUGCUAUGGAUGAGGCGACUUUGAUUGCUCUUAGACCAUUCAAAUGUGAUGAGUGUGGUAAACGAUUGGAAAAGGCUCGAACUUUAAGGCUACAUAAAUUAUCAGUUCAUCAUGGUCAUAGACCAUUUACUUGUGAUAUAUGCAAAGCUUGUUUUACCCAAAAUGGUCAUUUGAAACAACACAUUCAAACAGUUCAUAAAGGAUUACGUCCCUAUGGUUGUGAUCUGUGUAAACGACGUUUCACAAAAGCUCGUUCGCUGAAACUUCAUAAUUGUGGUAAAAAUGGUUUAGCAAAACCAUUUGUUUGUGAUGUAUGCGGUCGUGGUUUUUCACAUAUGCAUACCAUGAAAGCUCAUCGUGCUUCAAUUCAUGAAGAUGAAAUACAAUUGAAUGUAGUUGAAACUCCAUUAAAAGCAUUAAUCAAAUCAACACGUUCACCUUCAACACCGGAUAUAAGUCAAAUGAUUGACAAACACUCGGAACCAUUGUUUUAUCCAUUACGUCAAAAUUCGCUGAUACUUGAUCAAGCUAUCGAUUCAAAUCAUGUCUAUGAAUUACAAAAAAUUGUACGUAGUAAAGUAUCAGAAACACCAUUACGAUAUUUUGUUAUGAAAAAAAUUACAGAUAGUAUCACGCUGAUUAUUUCAUGUGCAACUUAUUUUAAUGACGACGAUGCUGUGUUGAAAUGGCAACGUGAUGGAAAUAAUGCUGCAAUAUGGACUAAUGAACCAAUCUAUGUAUUUGAUCGUGAAAGUCGUUCAGUUCGUUUACCAGCUUAUAUGCGUAAUAGUUUAUGCUUACAAAUGCAUGGAAAAAAAUCAAUGAUUAUAGAUCCACCGUCUGUGUUGAGUGCAUGAAAAUUGCAGAAUUUUAAUUUUAAACUUACUAUUUUUAUCAUUAUUAUUACGAUUAUUAUUACUGACAUGUUUAUUUUU